UUCUCUGACCAUCUCAAACAUUCAUACCCAAUGCAGCGCCGCGCUCGGCAUGGCAGCUCCGGCGAACUCGCCGUGUUUGGAGCGACACGCUACUUCGACGGCCUAGCCGACCUUGCUGCCAGCCCGGUCACUGCAAGGCAGCCUGAACCUAAAGACUUGAUGAUCCAAGUGAAAGCUAUGAUGCAUCACAAGGAGGAAAGCUACCACAGCACCCAGGAGCUGGGAGCCAAGACUAAGAGCAACCUCACCCCCUUCUUCGGCUCCUCCCUUGUGUCACCGGUGGUGAGCUUUUGCAAGAAUCCUCCGGCGGGGAUCCACGACGAGGCUCAUCACCGGGUCUCCUCGUUAUCCUCGCGUGGGAGCAGUGAUGUUGUCACAGCUGCUGUUGCAGCUGCUUGCGGCCGUGAUUUGGGUGAGGUGGUGGGGGACAGGAGGCUGCAAGGCGUUCGGGUAGUGAGGGGGGCCUGUGGCGGCGAGGAGAGGUGGGUGGUGAGAUGCUAUGGGCAUGCUUUGGAAGAGCAACACCAUGUCGUUUUUGAGAAGAUUGAUGUUGAUGCCAAAUUAAGUGAUUGCCAUCAAGUGAAAAAAGUGGAAGAUGGCGCUGAUCUUGGUUGGGGCAGCGACACUAGCUCUGAUCUGUUUGAGUUGGAUUUGGACGGUGCAAAUAAUCACUAGAUGGAUCGAAGAACUAUACUACCGUGAAGGAUAAUCUUUUCGGUCCGAACCAAAUUAGACCAUUUCAAGUCCAACGAGAACCCCUCCUUGCCAUGCCACUGUGCCAGUAAAAUUCGACGGGACCAAAGGUUGCCCAUCUCCCAUCGGUGAAUCGCGCGUUGUGACGAUCGAUGGGUGACUACCUGUGUUUAUAGAUGGGAGAGGAAUACGAAUACGAUGGUAUUUCAAAGUGGAUGCUGAGGAGCCAGCAGGUACGAAAUGAAUCUACUUUAAUUUGGAUGUCCUGCCUUAUUACUAUAUACGUCAGUAACCAUAAAUCUUGACUCAUUAUCGUAGCUCGCAAACUGAUUCAUCAUCAGUGGGGCCUGGAGGAGGACACCAUUGAGGAGAGAGUCAUGAAGAGGCUUGAGGAGUAGACGAUCAAGUACGUCCGCAUGUACAAAGACAAGGAGAUGAAGGCUUGAUUAUGGCGACUUGUUUUAGCUCAAUCCACAGCUAGUAUAUAUUUGACGUCAGUAGUUUAUGGAAGUGUGACGUAUUGACGUGCUACAUGUGUAUGCAAGGAAUAUAACCUAGCUUAAUUGUGAUAAUUAAGAAAA